AGGUGGCAGUGCACAUAAACGAAAACAAAAAUGUGUGAACGUGUUAUCGAAUUCUACAGCGGAAUUGGGGGAAUGCACCUGGCUCUGAAAGAGAGUAGCAUCAAGUAUAAGGUUGUUGCAGCAGUUGAUAUCAAUGAUGUUGCAAAUGAAGUUUACAAAUACAACUUUCAGGACAUCAACCUACUUCAGAGGAGUAUAGAGUCCAUUAGUCUGAAGGAAUUGAACAAAUUUAACCCAACCAUGCUGCUAAUGAGUCCACCAUGUCAGCCAUUCACCAGGGUGGGGCUACAGAAGGAUGUAGAGGAUGCAAGAACUAACUCCUUUAUCUACCUUUUAGAAACACUACCUAAAUUGGAAAAGUUGCCCAACUACAUAUUGAUUGAAAAUGUGAAGGGUUUUGAAUGUUCCCAGACAAGAGACAAGAUGGUUAGAACACUCAGAGAAUGUGGCUACAACUUUCAGGAGUUCCUACUUACUCCAUUGCAGUUUGGUGUCCCCAACUCAAGGAUGAGGUACUAUAUGGUAGCAAAGAAGAAACCUUUGACUUUUGUUUUUGAUACUUGUGAGGACAAGGUGUUUGAGCAUAUACCUUCCUGUGCCAAACCAUUCAUGACUCACAUGAAGCCUUCUGGGCCAGGUGAUCAUAUGGUGUGUUGCUAUUGUCAAAAUCCAAUUAAAAAGACGGAUAUACUUGGGAGUUCAGCAGAUACUCAGAAAAAUGGACAAACAGGAAAUAAUUUGACAGAUUUUGAUAAAAUAAAUGAUACUGAAGAUUCAACAAAUGAGGAGCCUAAGGCAAAAGCUCCAAGACUUGACAGUGGCACAGUGAAUUCAGGCAAUUCCAAUGAAGACAAAGAUAGUGGCGAUAUAACUGCAUCAAAAAGGCAGAGCUGUGAAAAGUGCACUUUAUCAGCUGGUGUGAUAGCUAGCAAUCAAGAUUAUUCCCCACAAUUCUGUCAAAGCAUAGAUCAUUAUUUGGAAAAACAACCAGAGGAAUAUCUAGAAAAAUUCUUGUUGCCAGAGAAAGACCUAAAAAGAUUUAAAGUUAUGGAUAUUGUGCUACCAAGUUCCAGGAAAAGUUGCUGUUUUACUAAAAGAUAUGGUCAUUACAUGGAAGGAGCUGGAUCCGUGUUCCAGAUGGUUUUGGAGGAGAUGAAUACAAGCAUUUUGAAAGAUGACAUGAUACCAGAAAAGGCAGUUGAGUAUAUGGAUGAUAUCAAGAAGCUAAAAUUAAGAUAUUUCACUCCAAGAGAAAUUGCCAACUUGAUGUGUUUUCCAAAGGAAUUUGAAUUCCCAAACAAGUUGAGCAGGAAGCAGUGCUACAGAGUUCUUGGGAACAGCCUUAACGUCCAUGUAGUGGCAGUAUUAAUCAAGCUGAUGACUAUGAAUGUUGUACAAAAAAAUGACAGUUAAAAAACAAUGGACAAACAGAACAAU